AUGCCUCAACUCCUGGGAAAAGAAGUCGGGCCCAUUGGCUUUGGGCUGAUGGGAUUCACUUGGCGUCCGCAGCCAUGCUCCCAGGAGCAGGCGUUCGCGGCCAUGCGCGCGGCGCUGAAGAACGGCAUGAACUUCUGGAACGGGGGCGAGUUCUACGGCACGCCCGAGUACAACUCGCUGCACCUGCUCGAGCGCUACUUUGAGAAGUACCCCGAGGACGCCGACAAGGUGGUGCUCUCCAUCAAGGGCGGCGUGGACACUAAGAUCAUGCCGGAUGGCUCCCCCGAGAACAUCCGCAGGUCCGUCGACAACUGCCUCAAGCUCCUGAAGGGCCGCAAGAAGCUCGAUAUCUUUGAGUGCGCGCGCCGGGACCCCAAAACACCCUUGGAGGUGACGUUUGGCAUCCUCGAGAAGGAAUAUGUCCAGACCGGAAAGAUUGGCGGCAUCUCGUUGUCUGAAGUCAAGGCCUCGACUGUGCACGAAGCUGCGAAGAUCACGAAGAUUGUCGCAUGUGAGGUUGAGUUGUCUUUAUGGUCUACCCAUAUCUUGGAGAAUGGUGUCGCAGAAGCGUGCGCACAGUACGACAUCCCUAUCGUGGCAUACUCGCCUUUGGGCAGAGGCGUCCUCACAGGACAGAUCAAGUCAUUGGACGAUCUCCCUGCUGAUGAUAUGCUACGUCACUACCCGCGCUUUCAGCCAGACGUAUUCCCGAUCAAUCUCGAGGUUGUCAAGCAUGUGGAAUCGAUCGCGCAGAAGAAAGGCUGCAAGCCGUCACAAUUGGCUAUCAACUGGACGAGAGCCGUUGCUAAGAAACAUGGCGCUUCCGUUAUCCCCAUUCCAGGAGCCACUACUGCCGAGAGAGUUGACGAGAACGCCAAAGUUGUCGAGCUUACCGAUGAGGAGUUGGCAGAGUUGGAUGCUAUCCUGAGCAAGUUUGAGAUUCAAGGCUCUCGAUAUCCGGACUAUGUACCCGUGGAUGGUUGA